CCUCGGCCCUCGAUUGCGCCCGCUCUCUCAAAGUCCGUUUCUUCGGCAAAAACCAGCAACGAAACGGAAGCACAUUAGCAGUUAGCGUAUUCUCGUCUCUCCCAUUUUCGAAGCUCUGGCUACUUCCGUCAAAAGAAGACUAUUUUCUGAUCAAUCUAUGGGAACUGGAGAUGAAGUUGUGGAAAUUGAUAGCUUAGAAAAGGGUUUAUUGACGGAAUCGCGUGGUGGUGAGUCUGGCGAAGAAAGUGAAUCUAAUGAGGAUAGGUUGCUUUAUACGGCUUCGUUUGAAGAGAUGGAAGAGAAAUUUGUUAAGUAUCAAACUGCUCGAUGGGUUGUGUUCUCCUUGCUGCUAAUGCUGGCUUGGGGGAUUGGAUUAUUCAUGCUUCUGUAUCUGCCUGUGCGGAGAUAUAUCUUACGGAAAGAUAUUCGGUCCAGAAAGCUCUAUCUCACUCCUAAUGCCAUCGUAUACAAAGUUACUAAACCAGUAGCAUUUCCAUGUUUUGGGGUGUUAAAGAAAGAGAAGCAUGUUUUAUUACCUUCAGUUGCAGACGUCAUAAUUGAGCAAGGGUAUUUGCAGUCUCUGUUUGGUGUCUACUCUUUGAGAAUUGAGAAUGUUGGUGUGAGAAGGCCAGCAAGUGAUGAUGUUCAAAUUCAAGGAAUUGGAAAUCCAAGUGCUUUUAAGAAGGCUGUCUUGGCGCGGCUAUCAUACAUGAGAAGUGAGUUUGGUUCUAGACGAGUUUCCACAAUUGAAGACAUUCCUACUUUGAGGAUAGGUCACCCAGCAUCACCUUGGGUAUGGCAGAUGUCUCCAUCAAAAUCUCUCAAGCAUGAUUUGCUUCCUCAUUCAGGGAGCCUAAUGCUACUACAGAAACUAGAAGAAGUUGGAAAUUCUGUGAAGAGAGUUCAAACUUUAAUUGAGGAGCAACACUCCCAAUCAUUAGAAACAAUUGGUUAAGGAUACAAUCUUGAGCAAAGAAUUAGAACAAGCCAGUUUGCUGAAGUGGCUGCGAACCACCAAAUUGUCUUGGGUAACCAUUCCAAGAGUGAUAAUUUUCUCAACUGGUAUAUCAAUUGAUGAGUCAAGUUCAAGUGAGAUGUUUUGCACUCAUUUGAUUUUACUUUUGGAGAUCACAGUUGGUUCUGCUCACUACUAUAUGUUGUUGGUUACAUUCAUUGAAUUUUUGUGUUUUGGUCCUGAACUGCAGAAUUUCCAUUUGAGUGUUUGGUUAUGGCCCUCUUCACUACUGUAUCUGUGCUUUAAUUGCAGUAUGAUAUUCUUUUCUCUUGA